GGACGAUGGAAGCGCGGGCCACGCGAAGAGAACCAGAAAAUACCAAGUUCCUGCUGAGCAGCAGUCGUGCUGCUACGUCCCGUAGUAGUACCAUCACGCAAUUAGAGAGCAGUUCUGCAGCAGGUCCUCGUACAGAUGCACAGAUGCUUGGAGAGAAUAUCGAGGUGAUGCCAGCACCUGGAACAGCACAGAUUGAUGCGCUAGUCAUGAAGACUGGCGUCAGUGAGGAAAGCACACGUGUUCCGACAUCAGUCAUGACAGAAGUCUCCUCGGCAGCGACAACUACAGUUUCAUCCGCUGUUUCCUCUAGUUUCGAGGAGACACGCAACGGCGUCAAUACGCUAAUUCGACGCCAUCGGCUGCGCCGCCGUGCCAACAAUGCACUGCUCUCUGGUGGUGCCACCGCGCCCGGCGCUGGUGCCAGCAACUUCGCGAGGCCUUAA